AUGUUCAGGGGCCGUAUGCGGACUCUGAUGCAACAGGUGCAGCGACUGGACGAUGAUACUGCUGAUGUUAAAACUGCUCUGAAGCGGAUGUCUCGCAAACAGCGAAGGGAAGCCCUACGGAAACAGCGAGAGGGGGCGAAAGCCAAGGGAGAUGAAGUCGUCCAUUGUGACUUUUGGGUAGCAGCAAAACACCGGUAUUGCAAAUUCCAGCCCGCAAAAGGCUCAACUAAGUGCAGUGUCCAUCAAGAUGAUGCUGAGGGCGAUAAGAAGCGAAUCCCAUGCCCGAUCGAUCCAAAUCAUACAGUGUACGAGCGGAACCUCGAGAAGCAUAUCGCUGUGUGCAGUAAAACGAAGGAUAACGACUUCAUUAAAAGACAACCACUUUACGAUGAGGGAUAUAAUAUACCCGAGGGAAAGAGGCCAGACCCUACACUAGAUGGUGUUUCUAUUACCAAUGGUGAUAAUGAGGAUGAGGACGCUGUGAGAAAGUUAUCAGAUGAGCUCAGGAAGGAUAGCACUACUGAGAGAAUCGAUAUUGAAGGUGAGGCCAUCAGUUGUGAAGAUGAUCCGUCGAAUGUGACCACUCGAGUGAGUGAGAGUAUAGUGUCCAAUGCUGUAGCAGAUAAGCACGACAUACAGAACGGCAGAUUGUUGAGGAUUAUGGAGAAAGAGGGCAUGUUGAGUAGUUGUGAUGAUGAUACCGCUCUUCAUUGA